AUGGCUUCGAAGGAUACUUUCUUCCGCUCGUCGGAGAUGAGCCUCACCCAGCUCUACAUCGCCAACGAAAUCGGAAGAGAGGUCGUCAGUGCCCUUGGCGAACUGGGCCAAGUCCAAUUCAGAGAUCUUAACCCCGACACCAAUGCUUUCCAGCGGACGUUUACCAAGGAGAUCCGUCGUCUCGACAAUGUUGAGCGUCAGCUUCGAUACUUCCAUGCUCAGAUGGAAAAAGCCGCCAUCCCGAUGCGACCAUCGACCGACUUCUCUGAUACUCUGGCGGCGCCACUGGCCUCCGAAAUUGACGAGCUUUCAGAGCGAAGUGAAAGCCUUGAGCAGCGCAUUGUCUCCUUGAACGACAGCUACGAGACCCUCAAGAAGCGUGAGGUGGAGCUUACCGAAUGGCGUUGGGUGCUCAGAGAGGCGGGCGGCUUCUUCGACCGGGCUCAUACCCACACCGAGGAUAUCCGCCAGUCAUUCGACAACGACGAAGCGCCUCUCCUUCGUGACGUUGAGCAGCAUGCACCUCGUGGCACAAAUGGUGACGCUCAAGGUCAGCAGAGCUUCUCGGACAUGAACAUUGGUUUUGUUGCCGGUGUCAUUCCUCGUGAUCGGAUUGGAGCCUUUGAGCGGAUUCUGUGGCGAACUCUUCGUGGUAACCUGUAUAUGAACCAAUCCGAGAUUCCGGAGGUCAUCAUCGACCCGACCAACAACGAAGAGAUUCACAAGAACGUUUUCGUGAUCUUCGCACACGGAAAGGGCAUUCUUGCCAAGAUCCGCAAGAUCUCCGAAUCGCUUGGAGCUUCCUUGUAUGGUGUUGACGAGAACAGCGAACUGCGGCGAGACCAAAUCCACGAGGUCAACACUCGACUGGGCGAUGUCAGCAACGUUCUACGCAACACCAAGAGCACCUUGGAUGCGGAACUUUCUCAGAUUGCUCGUUCUCUUGCGGCGUGGAUGAUCAUUGUCAAGAAAGAGAAGGCUGUCUACGAUACCUUGAACAAGUUCUCUUAUGACCAAGCUCGGAAGACUCUGAUCGCGGAGGCUUGGUGUCCCACAAAUUCUCUCGGUCUCAUCAAAACCACCCUGCAAGAUGUCAAUGAUCGUGCCGGUCUUUCGGUCCCCACUAUUGUGAACCAGAUUCGUACCAACAAGACUCCGCCAACCUAUGUCCGAACCAACAAGUUCACCGAGGCCUUCCAGACCAUCAUCAAUUCGUAUGGUGUCCCGAAGUAUUCUGAGGUCAACCCUGGUCUUUACACCAUUGUCACUUUCCCUUUCCUCUUCGCCGUCAUGUUCGGUGAUAUGGGUCACGGAUUUAUCAUGGCUCUUGCUGCGUCUGCAAUGAUUCUCUUUGAGAAGAAACUCCUGCGCACCAAGCUGGACGAGCUGACGUACAUGGCGUUCUACGGUCGAUACAUCAUGUUGAUGAUGGGUCUCUUCUCCAUCUACACCGGCUUCAUCUACAACGAUAUCUUUUCCAGGGCUCUGACCAUCUUCCCCAGCCAGUGGGAGUGGCCUGGGGACAUCAAGGCUGGUGACUCUGUGGAGGCUACCCUCACCGAUGGUUACCGGUUCCCCAUUGGCUUGGACUGGAACUGGCACGAGGCUGAGAACUCGCUGCUCUUCUCAAACAGUAUGAAGAUGAAGAUGAGUAUCUUGCUGGGUUGGUCUCACAUGACCUACGCGUUGAUUCACCAGUACAUCAACGCCCGUCAUUUCAAGUCCAAGGUUGAUGUCCUGGGUAACUUCGUGCCCGGAAUGCUGUUCUUCCAGUGCAUUUUUGGAUAUCUGGCCAUGACCAUCUUGUAUAAGUGGUCGGUGGAUUGGCCGGCCAUUGGUCAGGACCCCCCCAGCUUGUUGAACAUGCUCAUUUUCAUGUUCUUGAGCCCGGGCACCCUUCAAGGUCAGCUGUAUUCCGGUCAAGCUACCGUUCAAGUACUGCUACUUCUCAUCGCUGUUAUUCAAGUCCCCAUCAUGCUCUUCCUCAAGCCGUUCUGGUUGCGCUAUGAACACAACCGCGCACGCGCUCUCGGUUAUCGAGGCCUCGGCGAGCAAUCUCGUGUUAGCGCGUUGGAUGAAGAUGGUGACACGAACGGUGGUCCUCGUGACAGCAUGGCAAGUGACGGCGAGGGUGUUGCCAUGAUUGCCCAGAACAUCGAUGAUGAGGAGCAUGAAGAAUUCGACUUCAGUGACGAGAUGAUCCAUCAGGUCAUCCACACCAUCGAGUUCUGCUUGAACUGUAUCUCUCACACUGCUUCAUACCUUCGUCUUUGGGCUUUGUCUUUGGCCCAUCAACAACUGUCUAUUGUGCUUUGGAACAUGACUAUUGGUUCCGCCAUCGCCAUGGAGAGUCACGUCACUCGUGUGAUUCUGACCGUGGUUUGUGUUUAUAUGUUCCUCGUUCUCAGUGUCGCCGUGCUCGUCACCAUGGAAGGAGUAUCAGCCAUGCUUCAUUCGCUUCGUCUCCACUGGGUGGAGGCCAUGAGCAAGCAUUUCAUGGGUGAAGGUAUUCCCUUCGUGCCAUUCAGCUUUAAGACUCUGCUGGAAGAAGAUCCGGUAGACUAG